CUACUUGGUUCUUGCGUGUUCUCCCAGGCGGACAUUUUCAAGCAUACGCCAAAAAUUGUCCUUACGGAGGGCCGAGGACCCUUGCAAGUCUUAGGCUUACCAAUACCACCGAUUGUUGUUGCAGAUAGAAUUGAUCAACUAAGGCAAGAGUCGAUCAAGAAUGUCAUUACCGUCCUUCAUAACCUUCUCAUAUACCUCCGCGACAGCCGAACCGCAUGUUCCUUCGAAUGUUCCUCGAUUCUCUUGGGUGCGCUUACAAAAGAGUUACGAGCAAGAUGUUUUCUCCCUUCUCAACCAGAUAUCCCGCUAGUAUAA